UCAUUUGUGUUUUUCAGUGCUUAAGUGAAGUGUUUAAAACUAAAAUAAAGUGAAAAUGUCUGGUCGUGGUAAAGGUGGCAAAGUUAAGGGAAAGGCAAAGUCCCGUUCCAAUCGUGCUGGUCUUCAAUUCCCCGUCGGUCGUAUCCAUCGUCUGUUGCGCAAAGGCAACUAUGCUGAGCGUGUUGGUGCCGGUGCUCCCGUCUAUUUAGCCGCUGUCAUGGAAUAUUUGGCUGCUGAAGUCUUGGAAUUGGCUGGCAAUGCUGCCCGUGACAACAAGAAGACUCGUAUCAUUCCCCGUCACUUGCAAUUGGCCAUCCGUAACGACGAAGAAUUGAACAAAUUGCUGUCUGGCGUUACCAUUGCCCAAGGUGGUGUAUUGCCAAACAUCCAAGCUGUUCUCUUGCCCAAGAAGACCGAAAAGAAAGCCUAAAUUACUAUCUCGAAAGAAGGUAUUAUGGAAUGAAGAAGAAGAAUACAGACCAUCGUAUAAAUUCCAUAGAAAAAUCAACCAAUCCGUCCUUUUCA